CUAGAAAGUAAAGUUAAAGUAACCGAUAUAAAAAAUCGAUAACUAAAAAAAUAGAAGUUUUUCUAUGUUUUUGUUUGGAAUAGAAGACAAUCAAAUCAUUUUGCAUAAAAUAAGUUAUUAAUUGUGAAUAACCUACAAAAUAAAUUAUUAAAAAUAUUUCAUUUUUUUUAUCAUUAUUGACUUUAUUAGAUCUUUUAAUAGAUUUUAAGAUUUUGUUUAGCCUUUAAUUCUGAAAUUCUGAAUAUAUUUUCGAAAUAACUUAAAUCGAAAUGAAAGUGGAAUUUGUUUUAUCUUCCUAUGCAAUAUUUUGCAUUUAUUCUUACGUAUUCACUUUUACUAACAAAUACAUUAUUUGAAUUUGACCAAUUAUAAUUUCGUGGUUUGAAUAUUAAAAAAAUACUUCCACAUCAAUAUUAAUAUUUGAUAUCGACUUGAAAAAAACAAAAAAAAAUUCUAUUUCGAUUUAAGUUAUUAGAUAUCUUAAUUUUUUUAUUGAUUUCUUUCAAAAGAGGCAAGAGCCUAUGAAUCAUAAACAAAAAAAUAAAUAUUAAUUAAAUACAAAAAAAUAAAAUAUAAAAAUUUUCUAUUCUAUUAUGGAACAUAUAUACCAAUAUGCAUGGAUCAUACCCUUACUUCCACUUCCAGUUCCUUUGUUAAUAGGAGCUGGACUUUUCUUUUUUCCGAUAGCAACAAAAAAUCUUCGACGGAUAUGGGCUUUUUCGAGUAUUUCGUUGUUAAGUAUAGUUAUGGUUUUUUCGAUGAAUCUGUCUAUUCAGCAAAUAAAUAGUAAUUUUAUUUACCAAUAUGUCUGGUCUUGGACCAUUAAUAAUGAUUUUUCUUUAGAAUUUGGCUACUUGCUCGAUCCACUUACUUCUAUUAUGUCAAUGUUAAUUACUACUGUUGCAAUUCUGGUUCUUAUUUAUAGUGAUAAUUAUAUGUCUCAUGAUCAGGGAUAUUUGCGAUUUUUUGCGUAUAUGAGUUUUUUCAAUACGUCGAUGUUGGGUUUAGUUACUAGUUCAAAUUUGAUACAAAUUUAUAUUUUUUGGGAAUUAGUUGGAAUGUGUUCAUAUCUAUUAAUAGGUUUUUGGUUCACAAGGCCUAUUGCCGCAAAUGCUUGUCAAAAAGCGUUUGUGACUAAUCGUGUAGGAGAUUUUGGUUUAUUAUUAGGAAUUUUAGGUCUUUAUUGGAUAAUAGGUAGUUUCGAAUUUCGGGAUUUGUUUGAAAUAUUCAAUAACUUAAUUAAUGCUAAUCAGGUCAAUUCCUUAUUUUGUAUUUUAUGUGCUUUCUUAUUAUUUGCUGGUGCAAUUGCUAAAUCUGCCCAAUUUCCCCUUCAUGUAUGGUUACCCGAUGCUAUGGAGGGACCUACCCCUAUUUCAGCUCUUAUACAUGCUGCUACCAUGGUAGCAGCGGGAAUUUUUCUAGUCGCUCAACUGCUUCCUCUUUUCAUAGUUAUACCUUACAUAAUGUAUGGAAUAUCUUUUAUAGGUAUAAUAACAGUACUUUUAGGCGCGACUUUAGCUCUUGCUCAAAAAGACUUUAAGCGAAGUUUAGCUUAUUCUACAAUGUCUCAAUUGGGUUAUAUGAUGUUAGCUCUAGGUAUGGGUUCUUAUCGAGCGGGUUUAUUUCAUUUGAUUACUCAUGCUUAUUCAAAAGCAUUAUUGUUUUUAGGGUCCGGAUCUAUUAUUCAUUCAAUGGAAACUAUUGUUGGAUAUUCUCCGGAUAAAAGUCAGAAUAUGAUUCUUAUGGGGGGGUUAACAAAACAUGUGCCAAUUACAAAAAAUGCUUUUUUAAUAGGUACACUUUCUCUUUGUGGUAUUCCACCGCUUGCUUGUUUUUGGUCCAAAGAUGAAAUUCUUAAUGAUAGUUGGAUCUAUUCGCCAAUUUUUGCAAUAAUAGCUUAUUUCACAGCUGGAUUAACCGCCUUUUAUAUGUUUCGAAUCUAUUUACUUACGUUUGAAGGCCAUUUAAACCUUUUUUUUAAAAAUUACAGUGGAAAAAAAAGUAGUUCGUUUUAUUCAAUAUCUUUAUGGGGUAAAAAAGAAUUAAAAAGCAUUAAUCCAAAAUUUCCUUUAUUAACCUUAUUAACACUGAAUAAUAAAGAAAAGACUCAUUUCUUUUCGAAAAAACCAUAUCAAAUUGAUAGAAAUUUCCGAAAAAUGAUGCGACCUUUUCUUACUAUUACUGAUUUUGCCAAUAAGAAUAUUUCUUUAUAUCCUCAUGAAUCGGACAAUACUAUGUUAUUUCCUCUGAUUGUAUUGAUUCUGUUUACUUUUUUUAUUGGAUUCAUAGGAAUUCCAUUUAAUAAAGAAGAAAUGGAUUUGGAUAUAUUAACUAAAUGGUUAAAUCCAUCUAUAAAUCUUUUACAUUCAAAUUCGAAUGAUUCCGUAGAUUGGUAUGAUUUUGUGAUAAAUGCAACUUUUUCGGUGAGUAUAGCCUAUUUAGGAAUAUUUAUAGCCUUCCUUUUGUAUAAACCCAUUUAUUCAUCGUUAAAAAGUUUUGACUUAAUCAAUUCAUUUGAUAAAAAAGGUCAAAAGAGAGUUUUUGGGGACAAAAUAUUAAAUAUAAUAUAUAAUUGGUCUGCUAACCGCGAUUAUAUAGAUGCUUUUUAUGAAAUAUUCUUAAUUAAGGGUGUAAGAGCUUUAGCUGAACUAAUUUCUGCUUUUGAUAGACGAAUAAUUGAUGGGAUUCCGAAUGGUUUUGGUGUUACCAGUUUUUUUGUAGGGGAGGGUAUUAAGUAUGUAGGAGGGGGUCGAAUCUCCUCGUAUCUUUUUUGGUAUUUAUUCUAUGUAUCCAUUUUUUUAUUAAUUUACUAUUUUGUUUUCUAAGCAUAAUCUUGUUUUUUUAUCGAGUACAUCUAUAUAAAAAAUGUCUUUGUCUAGAACCGUAAUUCUAUUAUUUAAUUCAUUGCUUAAACUGUUUCUUUUUUGUUCAUUUGUAGAAAUCCAAUUAUUGGAUAGUUCAUCAUCAUAUAAGAAUUUUUCUGUUGUAUCCAAAGAAAUCUUUCUUUGUAUCAUUUCCCAGAAAAUUGAUAAACUGGGUGGAUAUGUAAAAGAAAUUCUUUGUUUUCCAUCAUUUUGACAUGUAUAAAAAAAAUAUUGUGACAUUUCAUUUCUUACCGCAUUUUCAAAUCGAUUGU